AUGACUUCAGUAUCGCCCUCGCCGCCUGCCAGCCGAUCUGGCUCGAUGUGCUCUGAUUUCUCGUCCUCCUUGCAAACUGAGAAGCUGGCACACAUUAUGGGUCUUAACUCUGAUGACGAGGUUCUUGGGCGUAUCACCAAACAAUUGGGUAGGUCCAGAAAAAUUGCUUGUCUGACUGGGGCAGGCAUUUCAUGCAACGCAGGCAUUCCCGACUUUCGCUCCUCCGAUGGACUGUACAAUCUUGUGAAAAAGGACUCCUCGCAAUAUUGGUCCAUCAAGUCCGGUAGGGAAAUGUUUGAUAUCUCGCUGUUCAGAGAUGAUUUCAAGAUCUCCAUUUUCGCCAAAUUUAUGGAGAGGUUGUACUCGAAUGUGCAGUUGGCAAAGCCGACCAAGACGCACAAGUUCAUCGCACACUUAAAAGACAGGAACAAGCUUCUUCGCUGUUACACGCAGAACAUUGAUGGACUUGAAGAAAACAUAGGCCUCGUCAUGUCAAAUAGGAAACUGCCGCUCUCAUCGUUCAGUUCACAUUGGAGAAACCUGGACGUCGUUCAGUUGCAUGGCGACUUGAACAGUCUUUCGUGCACCAAGUGCUUCCAGACUUUCUCUUGGAACAGGUAUUGGUCUCGCUGCUUGAGGAGAGGUGAGUUGCCACUGUGCCCGCAUUGCGAAGCACUCAUCAACCAACGAAUGAAUGAGGGAAAGCGAACACUAGGUUCCAACGUGGGCGUCCUAAGACCGAAUAUUGUCCUUUAUGGCGAAAACCACCCAUCCUGCGAGAUGAUCACGCAAGGCUUAAACCUGGACAUUAUUAAGGGAAACCCUGAUCUUUUGAUUAUCAUGGGUACGAGUUUGAAAGUUGAUGGGGUGAAACAACUGGUGAAAAAAUUGAGCAAAAGAAUUCACGACCGUGGAGGACUAAUCAUUCUCGUAAACAAGACUCCCAUUGGCGACUCUUCUUGGCAUGGUAUUAUAGAUUACCAAAUUCAUUCAGACUGCGAUAACUGGGUCACAUUCCUCGAAUCCGAAAUCCCAGAUUUCUUCAAGACGCAAGACCAGAUCAACAAGCUAAGACAAUUAAAAAGGGAGGCGAGCGAUUUGAGGAGGAUGAUGAAGGCGCAAAAGGACUCGAUCAGCACUCCCCCCACUACUCCUUUGAGAACGGCUCUGCAUUCCGAUAACGACGUAUUGAACGUAAAAAUAACUUCCUUGAACAAAAUCAAGAGGAAGAUACUGUCUCCGGAAAAUUCCAGUGAAGAAGACGAAGAAGAAAACACUAAUAUGAAGAAACGCGCCAAGAUACGGUCGACUUUCGAUGACAAAACAAGUCUCAUAGACCCAGCUGAUCAAAUGAAUUAG